AUGGCUGCUCAGAAGGGAACCGGGUCUGACCAUGUUGAGUAUACUGCCAAUAAGGAUGCCACAGGCCAGGUGGUCGGAAGAAUGCCGACAUUUCUUCUUGCCAUGACUGAAGAAGAGAGGGAGGUGAUGGAGAAGAAGUUGGUGCGAAAGAUCGAUGCACGGCUACUGAUCAUGCUUGUCGUGAUGUACAUUCUGAACUAUCUGGAUCGCAACAACAUUGCAUCAGCAAAGCUCGCCGGUCUCGAUAAAGACCUUAAUCUGAAAGGAAAUCAGUAUCAGCCUGGUUGUCUUUAUUUGCUCACAGCAUGGUAUACGCGUAAGGAGGUUGGAAAGCGAACUGCUCUCUUGUACUGUGGGUCGUUGAUUUCCGGAGCUUUCUCUGGUCUCAUUGCCGCAGGAAUCACGGAUGGAUUGGCAGGAGCCCGCGGUAUUGCCGCCUGGAGAUGGCUGUUCAUAAUCGAAGGAGCCCUCACGGUCUUCGUCGCCCUCUUGUCUAUUUUCAUUAUCCCAGAUUUGCCGAGGACAACUUCCUGGCUCACCGAGGAGGAAAAGGAGCUUGCCGCCUGGAGACUGGAAGCUGAUAUCGGUGAAGAUGACUGGGUUGAUAGUGAACAUCAGUCCAUGUUCCACGGCGCAAAACUUGCUUUCACGGAUUACAAAACCUGGUUGCUGCUCGGUGCAAUUUACGGCCUCACCUCCGCUGGGGCUGUCACAACAUUCUUUCCAAUUGUCAUGGCCGGCCUGGGAAAGAGUACUGUCGAGACUCUUCUUCUGACUACACCUCCAUACCUGAUCGGUGCAAUCCUGGUUAUGAUUAAUGCGUGGCACGCUGAUAAGACGGGCGAGCGAUAUCUACAUAUCGCACUGCCACCCAUCGUGGCCGUCGUUGCCUUUAUCAUUGCAUUGUCGAAUACUUCAUUUGCUGGUCAAUAUGUUGCUAUGUGCCUCAUGAUAGGGGGUAUAUAUUCAGGAUAUGUGGUGUGUCUGGGAUACAUUUCGAAUAUUCUGCCCCGGCCUGCCACGAAACGAGCCGCAGCCCUGGCUCUCAUCAACUGCUUGAGCAACGUUUGCCAGAUCUAUACACCAUACCUUUACCCGAUUCUGCCAGCCCAAGAUUCGUCGCUGCCUUUUCACACAAUCUCGCCCUCUGUGCCAUGA